AUGUAUUGUGAGAUUAUUUAUUUGAGAGAACUUAUGAAAACAACUUAUGACAUUAUUCAUAAGGUUUUUUCAACUUUUUUUUACAAGUUUUUUAAGGGGGAUUGUAAGGUGGAGGUUCUCCAGUAUGCAGAUGACACCCUAUUGGUAGGGGACGCAAGUUGGAAUCACGUUUGGGAUUUGAAGGCGGUUCUUAGAGCGUUUGAAAAAGUUUCAGGGUUGGGAGUUAAUUACCACAAGAGCAAAUUGGUUUGUUACAAUAUUAAUCUCAACUUCAUGAAGGCUGCUGCAAAUUUCUUAGCGUCUAAGAUCGAGAAUGGGGGUUUCUCUUUCCUUGGCAUUCCUAUAGGAUCAAAUCCUAGAAGAAUCAUGUUUUGGAAGCCGUUAAUUGGGAGGUUGAAGAAGAGAUUGGAUAGUUGGGAAGGGAGAUUUUUGAGCCUUGGUUGUAGAAUUACUUUGUUAAAAUCUGUUAUGAGAAGCUUACAUAUAUUCAGUAUGUCUUUCUACAUGGCCCCGGUUCAAAUAUGCAAGGAGAUUACGAGCAUCCAAAUUCAAUUUUUAUGGGGAGGAAGUAGCUUGAAGAAGAAGAUCCAUUGGGCUAGAUGGGAUAUUCUUUGUCUUCCUCUCGACUAG